UUCUUCACCACCACCACCAUAUCUGUACAAGUCCCCACCACCACCGGUGCAUUCACCACCACCACCAUAUCUGUACAAGUCCCACCACCACCGGUGCAUUCACCACCACCACCAUAUAUGUACAAGUCUCCACCACCACCGGUGCAUUCACCACCACCACCAUAUUUGUACAAGUCUCCACCACCUCCGGUAAAAUCACCACCACCACCAUAUCUGUACAAGUCUCCACCACCACCUGUGCAUUCACCACCACCACCAUAUUUGUACAAGUCUCCACCUCCACCGGUGCAUUCACCACCACCACCAUAUUUGUACAAGUCUCCACCACCUCCAGUUAAAUCACCACCACCACCAUACUACUACAAGUCUCCACCUCCACCGGUGCAUUCUCCACCACCACCUUACUACUACAAAUCCCCACCGCCACCAACAAAGUCUCCCCCACACUAUUACUACACUUCUCCACCACCACCAAAAUCCUACUACCCCGUACCUUACCCUCACCACAAGAAACUCAUCGUAAAGGUCGUUGGCAAAGUUUACUGCUACAGCUGCUAUGACUGGAAAUACCCAAUUAAAUCACACGCCAAGCAUCACCUCAAAGGUGCGGUUGUCGAAAUUACUUGCAAGGCUAUUGGCCAGAAAGAAAUUUUUGCAUAUGGAAAGACUAAGAUCAAUGGCAAAUAUGCAAUUACGGUUGACGGUUUAGACUAUUCCAAGUAUGGAGGAGCAAAAGCUUGUACCGCUAAGCUUCAUAUGGCACCAAAAGGAACCAAAUGCAAUAUUCCAACAAAUCUUCAUGGUGGUUUGAAGGGUGCCGUGCUAAAGGUUAAAUCCAAAAAUGCUUAUGAGGUUGUCCUUGAGGCUGAACCAUUUGCAUAUGCUCCUAAGACUCCUUCUACGCUUUGUGAGAAGCCAAAGCCAAAACUAGAGCCCACUCCUUCUCCAUAUUAUUACAAAUCUCCACCACCACCGCCACCCAUUUACUUGUACAAGUCUCCUCCUCCACCCGUUAAGUCUCCUCCGUAUAUCACUACACUUCACCCCCACCCCCUAAGAAAUCACCACCUCCUCCAUACCACUACACAUCACCCCCACCACCCAAGAAAUCACCACCUCCCCCAUACCAUUACACAUCUCCUCCCACCGAAAUCACCACCUUCCCCAUACUACUACAAAUCGCCUCCACCACCAGUUAAAUCUCCACCCCCACCUUACCAUUACACUUCACCACCACCACCAGUGAAAUCUCCACCACCACCAUACCAUUACACUUCACCACCACCACCGGUGAAGUCACCACCCCCACCUUAUCACUACACAUCACCUCCACCACCGGUGAAGUCACCACCCCCACCUUAUCACUACACAUCACCUCCACCACCAGUGAAAUCUCUAUCACCGCCAUACCAUUACACAUCACCUCCACCUCCUAUUAAGUCACCACCACCUCCAUACCACUAUACAUCACCUCCACCAGUGAAAUCGCCUCCCCCACCAUAUCACUACACUUCACCACCUCCACCCAUGAAAACUCCACCGCCACCAUACCAUUACGUUUCACCUCCCCCGCUGUAA